AUGUAGAAAGUAAUUGUUUACUAUGCGUUUAAAAUAAUGGAUGGACUCUUCGUUGGCAAUAGUCGUGCUCCUUUAGUAUAAAAUAUAUUUUUAAAUUGAUGAGGAAAGAGACUUUUUGAUAAUGAAUAAGAUCAAUAACAUAAUUAAUUGUGCAGCAUCGGAACUCAUUUAUAAUGGAAGUGGAAACUCUCUCUGUUUCAAUUGGAGAGAUGUUGAUGAUUAAGUAAAUUAUUAAAUAGAUUUAGAAUAUUGUAACAAUCGAAAAUAUAGAAAAAAUUAAUUAGUUUAUUGAAACAGCUAAUAAUAAUGGAGAAGGUGUCUUGUUUUUUUCACUUCGUGGAUAGAGUAGAGCUUUAACUGCAUUAACAGCUUAUCUAAUGUAUAAGUAAUGACCUUAUUUAAUUUAAUAGAUAUAGUUGGAGCUUAUAUAAAACACUUUAAUUCUUAAAUUCAAGAAGAAAAGAUUUUGAAAUCAGAGCAGCAUUCCUAAAAUAAUUAAUGAAUUUUGAAACUGAUUAUUUUAAAGAUAAAGAAAUAACUAGAAAUUGGGAUAAUAAUACUGAAAAUCAAGAAAUUUAAGUAAUUUAAAAUACAUAUCUGAAUUCUAUAUAAUAAUCACCUAUGAUUAUUAAAACACACACAAAUCUUUCAAUUCAAAAUGGAAUCAAACAUAACGUAGCUUGGUCUAUUAACUUGAUUUAAUAAAUCCAAACAAUAGAAAUUAAAGAAAAUAAAUAAAAUAAUAAAGAAUUAAAACCUAUUUUAAAAGGGUCUUCUUAACUUUUAUAAAAGGACAAAUAAUAAUAGAGAUCGAUUUCAGCUACAGAUAAUUCAAAAUUAAACUUUGAGGAUUUUAUUUUGCAAAAUUUACUUACUACAAAAAAGUUACAAACACCCAAAAUUAAUAGUUUUAGUUUUGAUAGUAAAACUAAAAAAAAAGAUUUUUUAGGAGGUCUAAUUUCACAACAAAAGGCUAGACCAAAACGAUCUUUACAUUUUACACCAGAAAAAUAGAGAAUCAUUCAAAAUACUAAAUAAAUAAUGGAUACAUAUUUAAAUUCACAAAUUAAUAAUAUUUAAAUUAUGAGGGGUAGAUCUAUUUUCACUCCUCAAAAAGAAAGAAUAAGAGCAUUAUCUUAAUAGAAUUAAAGUCCUAAUAAAAGUCCUAUCUUUUCUAAAUAAUCCUUUUUUAUGGAGAAUUAAAAUGCCAAUUUUAUGAAAUGGAGUUUGGCUAAAAAACAACCAUAAUUUAAAAUUAAAUGA